CUUCUGACGGCAUAAUAAACACCGGUCUGUAAGUGCGUUUUUGAAGACUCACUGUUAUAGAAGUUGAGGACAGAUUUAUUCACCAGUGGACAUUCGACGACUCUACAGCAGCCGGGUAGGCGUACUUAAAGCUGUACCGUUCCGGUUAACUCGGUCCUGUCUGUAUUCAUUUCCUUUCGUCUAUAAUACAGUUCAGUUGCGUUGCUUCCGUUCUGAGACAGGCGAGCAAGUCGCCUACUGCUCUUUUCCACCAUGGCGCACUCUUUCUCCCCUCGAUCAAUCAUACUCUGCGUCGUACUGUUGUUUUCGACAAAUGCGCUCGCCGUCUCGGCCGUACUUGGCGUCGAUCUUGGCACCGAAUACAUCAAAGCCGCCCUCGUCAAACCCGGCAUCCCCCUCGAAAUUGUCCUGACGAAAGAUUCGCGAAGAAAGGAGACGUCCGCGGUCGCAUUCAAGCCUUCACAGAAUAGCCCCAAGUCUGGCGCAUACCCUGAGCGAGCAUACGGCUCGAACGCCAUAGCUCUCGCAGCUCGAUUCCCCGCCGACGUCUACCCAAACCUCAAGACCCUCCUUGGGCUACCUUCGGACGAUGCGUUGGUCUCAGAAUACCUUGCCAGACAUCCUGCUCUGCAAUUGGAACCCCACAAAGCUCGAGGCACUGUCGCUUUCAAGAGCAAGGCAUUCACCGCCGAGGAGGAAGCAUGGAUGAUCGAGGAACUACUAGCCAUGCAGCUGCAGAGCAUUCAGCGCAAUGCUGAAGCCUUAGCCGGCUCUGGCACAUCGGUCCGCUCUAUCGUUGUCACAAUUCCCCCGUUCUACACAACCGAGGAGAAGCGUGCAGUAGAGUUGGCUGCAGAAUUGGUUGGGCUCAGGGUCCUCUCCCUGAUCAGUGAUGGUUUGGCAGUGGGCUUAAACUACGCCACCAGCCGAACUUUCCCCAAUAUCAACGAAGGAGGCAAGCCCGAGUACCACAUGGUGUUCGAUAUGGGUGCCGGAUCCACCAGCGCAACCAUCAUGAAGUUUCAGGGCCGAACAGUAAAGGACAUUGGCAAGUUCAACAAGACGGUUCAGGAGGUGCAAGUCCUGGGGAGUGGCUCAGACAGGACCCUUGGCGGCGAUGCUCUCAACUACCUGAUCGUGGAUGACAUGAUUUCCAAGUUCGUCGACACAUCAGCUGCCAAGAAGGCCUCGGUCGUGACUGAAAGCGUUCAGGGACAUGGUCGAGCCAUGGCGAAACUCUUGAAAGAAGCGGAGAGGCUCCGACACAUUCUCAGUGCCAAUGUCGACACUCAAACCAGCUUCGAAGGCCUCUACGAGGAUGUCGACUUCAAGUACAAGAUCACUCGUACAGCCUUUGAGGGGAUGGCUGAGGCUCAUGUCGAGAGGGUGGCUGCUGCGGUUCAGAAGGCCUUGGACACGGCCGAGCUCGACAUUUCCCAGCUUGACUCCAUCAUCCUCCAUGGUGGCGCAUCUCGGACACCAUUUGUCCAGAAAGCCCUAGAGAAAUUUGCAGGGAGCGAGAAGCUGCGCAGUAAUGUGAACUCGGAUGAGGCCGCUGUGUUCGGUGCUGGCUUCAGGGCUGCAGAGCUUAGCCCCAGCUUUCGAGUCAAGGAGAUCAAAAUCUCAGAUGCUGCUGGUUAUCCAGCCGGCAUGAGAUGGACAAAUCCCCAGGAGAAGGUCCAGCAGCAACGCUUGUGGACCGAGAGGUCUUUCUUGGGCGCAGCUCCAAAGGAAGUGACGUUCGCGAACCAUGAGGAUUUCUCUGUCAAGUUCUACCAGCAGGUUCCGUCAAACGAGGGAACUGUGGAGAAGGACACUCGAGUUCUGACAACCAAGAACCUUACUGCGUCAGUAGCUUCGCUGAUGGUCAACAACGGCUGCCUGAACCCGGAUAUUCAUUUCAAGGUUGGUUUGCGGCUCAGUAGUGACAACGGCGAGGUCGAGGUGGCCAAGGCUACUGUGGAAUGUGAGGCAGACGAGCCCGAGAAAGAGGGCUCCAUGAUGGAUGGGGUGAAGAACCUCUUUGGUUUUGGUAAGAACAAGGACCAACAACCACUGAAUGAUGGCGAGGAGAACAGUGAAAGCAGUGAAAGCAAUGGGAGCAGUGAGUCAACAUCGACAACUGCUUUUACCGACACGGCCACCACUUCAUCUAUGCAGUCAAACACCAUGUCCGCUGAAACUACGGCCUCAUCUGCGGUGUCGGCUGAAUCGGUCGAAGCCAGCGCGAAGCCCAAGAAAAGGCAACUUGUUGUAAUACCAGUUGAUUACACUGUUGCAAAGGCCGGAGCCCCUGAGCUUGCCAAGGCCGAUCUCAAGGCAGCGAAGGAUCGUAUCAAGGCCUUCGAGGCUUCUGACCGAUCACGCCAACAGAGAGAAGAGACGCUCAAUCAGCUGGAGGGAUUUACGUACAAGGUCCGGGAUCUUCUGGAAAGUGAAUCGUUUGUUGCCGCCUCUACUCCCGCAGAACGUGCCGUCUUGGAGAAGAGGGCUGGUGAUGCCAGCGAGUGGCUUUACGAUGACGGUGCCGACGCUUCUCGUGACGAGUUCAAGGCUCGCCUCAAGGAACUGAAAGAUUUGGUUUCUCCUGUUGAGAAAAGAAUCAAGGAAUCACAGGAGCGACCUGAGCUCGUCAAAGCAUUAAGAGAUGCGCUCGGCCAGACUGCCACUUUCAUCGAUUCCAUCAAGCAAAAGAUCUCCGAUGCCGAGGCUUUCAUGUCCUCCAUCAGCUCUUCUGCUUCCGCAACCUCGGAAACUAGUUCUACUGUCACUGCUGCUCCGUCCAAGGGCUCUGAUGAGUUUGAAGGUCUUGAAGACGAUGACACUACGACAUCCACGACUACGGCGACAAUGGAGGACCGUGGCCCAGUCCCGCCGCUGUACACUCUUGACGAUCUGAAUGAAAUCACAGCCCUCUCCGAGUCCACCUUGACCUGGCUCGAGAAGAAACUUGCCGAACAGGACAAGCUGCCUGACACAGCUGACCCAGUUCUCACCGCCAAGGAUAUCACAGAAAAGACCAAGAAGCUCGAGAAAGCCGGCAUGGAUCUGGCCAUGAAGGCAGUCAAGAACUUUGACUCCAAGGGGGGCAAGAAGAAGAGCAGUAGCUCCAACAAGGGUAGUAAGUCCAAGAAAAAGAGUGCCACAGCAAAGACGGGUACAUCUGCUCCUGAACAGACGGUGGAGUUGAAGGAUGACGAAGGAUACAUUAAAUUUGGAGGUGAUGGGAAACAGCCCACAUCCGAAGAGAUUGAGGAGAUGAUCCAGAAGCUCACCAAGGAGUACCAAGAAAAGGAUGGCAAGGAGUCGAAGCCGAAGCAUGAUGAGCUGUGAUACAUUUUACACGUUUUAUGAAUAAUACCACAUGCAAUUGCCCAUCAGGGAUCUGUUAGCUGAAUGUCACGGGCCCCUCGAGUCUUGCCCUGGGCAGCAUAGUACUCCCAAAACGGAUAGAGCUGGUAGUCGGGUGAGUGCUGCCAAACAUUGCCGGCAGGCGGUACCACCACGUCCAAAGGGAUACUUGUGCACAAGCUCAACACGUUUGCCGUGUAGUGUUUGGUGGAUUGCAAAUGAGCCCUCGCACGAAGCCCGUUUGUGUUGGGCAACCAGUAACCUAGAGUCUGCAGUGCCCCGUGCUAAUAACGCACCACGUUCCUCGCGGUACCUUCCUCGGAUGAAUACAUCACCUUCAAGUAAUACACGUGCC